GCGGGAACUUGAAAAUUGAGAUUCAACACUGAUUGUAACCAUGGGUUCCUCAGUAUCUACUCCUGCUGUUACUGUUCACAUCCCAGACACUCCAGAGCAGCCAGCAUCACCACCUUCAGGAUGCCCAAUGCAGCAAAAGAAAGGUUGCCCACUGAAAGCAGCAACAUCUGAUCCAGGCUGUGAGAGCAAAGUGUACUCUGUGCCUGCCCACCAAGAACGUGCCUAUGAGUACGUGGAGUAUCCGGUUACUGGAGCUGGAGCUAAGAAUAAGGAGAACCUGGAUCCUUCCAAUCUGAUGCCACCACCUAAUCAAACACCAGCCCCAGAUCAGCCGUUUACACUGUCUACCCUCAGAGAGGAGUCAUCCAUCCCAAGAGCGGAUUCAGAGAAAAAGUGGGUUUAUCCUUCUGAACAGAUGUUCUGGAAUGCAAUGUUACGCAAAGGGUGGAGGUGGAAGGAUGAGGAUAUUAGUCAGAAGGAUAUGUACAAUAUCAUUAAGAUUCAUAAUCAGAAUAACGAGCAGACUUGGAAGGAAAUUUUGAAGUGGGAAGCUCUUCAUGCUCAUGAGUGUCCUUGUGGACCAUCGUUGGUCCGAUUUGGAGGUAAAGCAAGAGAAUAUUCUCCAAGAGCAAGAAUUCGUUCCUGGAUGGGAUAUGAAUUACCUUUCGACAGGCAUGAUUGGAUCAUCAACCGUUGUGGAACCGAAGUUAGAUAUGUGAUUGAUUACUACGAUGGAGGCGAGGUCAACAAGGACUACCAGUUUACAGUCCUAGAUGUGCGUCCUGCUUUCGAUUCGCUCUCUGCAGUAUGGGAUAGAAUGAAGGUUGCUUGGUGGCGCUGGACUUCAUAACUACCAGUUGGUUUGUGAUGAAAAAAACGUUAAUAUUUUUUUUCAGAGAGAUAAGUUAUUUUACCAAACUGAAUUGCACUCAUGAUGUCACAGGAUUUUAAGUGGUAAUCAUACCUGAUCUUCCACUUACUGAAGGAUGCCAUGUUGCAUUAACUUUUGAGUCACCUUGGCCUUGCAGUUUAUAAGCAAAUCAUUUUAAGUUUUCUUCCCAUUUCAAAUGGGAAGCAGUCCCUGCGUUUUUUAUUUUAAUUGUGGUAUUUCCUGUGUAUUUUAGUGAACAGCCUCUGACAAAGAGCUUUUACAAAACUGAUGACCAUUGACUGCUUGUAGCUUACUAUUUUCUCAGAAAUACUUGGGAUGUGAGGCCUGAAAGUCACUGUGCUAUAACCUGGUUAACUAGAUUAAUUCAAAGUCUCCAUGAUAAAUAAGAAGUAUCUAUGCUUUUUAAGAAGGUGACAGUAUUUCUAAAGUCCCUAUAAUCUAGUAGUGACUCUGUACACUAU